GUUUGCCCACUCUCGCCUAGCUGCACCCCGCAUAGAAUGAACGUGGUUGGCUUCCCCACGCGGAGCUGGACCGUGGUCGAGCUAGACGGGCCUUUUUUCCCUUUCUCUCCCGCUCUCUCUCGUCUAAUAUGCCUAGAUAGACUCCAAGAUUAUGUUCUUAGCGACAAGAAAAAAGUUAAAUAGCUGCGGUCAUGUCCUCGCCCAUGAUAUUUCUAGCCGGUCAGGUUGAGCAAGCUACUUAGUACCACUCAUAUCAGACCUCGGAACCGUUAAGGGUUUUUUUUAGUUUUUUUUUGAGGUUCUUUUAAGUCUCGGAUAUCAUCUCAUAGCAAAAGAACGACAACAUGGAAACGGAAAAACGAGAUGUGUACGAUGCCGAAAGCGGUCAUAAACCCGUCGACGGCGUAGAUGUGGCUCAUGACGAGACCCUUAUAUCGGAUGCCAAGCAUGCCGCAGACGCCGAACAGCGUAUGACACUCAUGAAAGCCAUCAAACUGUACCCGAAGGCGAUCGCGUGGUCGGUCUUACUGUCGUCCACACUCAUUAUGGAAGGUUACGAUCUUGCACUAUUAGGCAGCCUCUAUGCCUCGCCUGUGUUCAACAAGAAAUUUGGUACCUACAGCGCAGCGAACGAUAAAUGGGUCGUUUCAGCAGCGUGGCAAUCGGGGUUGUCUAACGGCGCACGCGCCGGCGAGAUCUUCGGCCUUAUCUUCGCUGGUUGGGUUUCGGACCGGUACGGUUACAAGAUGACCACGAUCGCAUCCCUGGUCCUGAUGAUCAUGUUCGUGUUCGUCUUGUUCUUCGCACCUAACGUACAAGUCCUUGUUGUUGGAGAGGUGUUGUGCGGCAUUCCUUGGGGUGCAUUUCAAUCUGUUACUCCGGCCUAUGCCUCUGAAGUUGCCCCCGUCGUCCUGAGGCCAUACUUGACUACUUUCAUCAAUAUGUGCUGGGUUAUCGGCCAGUUCUUUGCAGCCGCCGUGAAUAAAGGUUCGGUGGGCCGAUCCGACGACUGGGCAUACAAGAUCCCGUUUGGAGUGCAGUGGGUUUGGCCAGUACCCAUUCUUGCCGGGCUAUUUUUCGCCCCAGAAUCGCCGUGGUGGCAUAUCCGGCAUGGAGAUCGCGAAGCUGCGAAAGCAUCUCUUUUGAGACUUACAUCACGAAAUGACCCGAAUUUUAACGUGGACGAGACUAUAGCCAUGAUCGAGCAUACUAACGAACUCGAAAAACGGAUGAAGGACGGCCUUACCUAUCGUGAUUGUUUCAAAGGCAUCGACCUGAGGCGAACGGAGAUUGUCGUGGGGAUCUGGCUCGUGCAAACACUCGGCGGACAGAAUCUCAUGGGCUACUUCGCAUAUUUUCUAACCCAAGCCGGAAUGGAUGCAUCCAACUCCUUCUCCCUCUCCAUGGGGCAGUACGCAUUAGGAAUGGUGGGCACCGCCGGCUCCUGGUUCCUCAUGUCCCGUGUCGGCCGACGAACCAUCCAUUUCAGCGGGAUUUGUUGUCAGCUUCUCAUCCUGAUCAUCGUCGGUUCUCUAUCGUUUUCCAACUCCAACGGUUCCAUAUGGGCAAUUGGCGGGAUGCUAAUCGUUUUCACGUUCGUUUACGACUUUACUGUCGGCCCGGUCACUUACUCACUGAUCUCCGAGUUGUCUUCGACACGGCUUAAGGCUAAGACAAUCGUCCUCGCGCGUGCCGGCUAUAAUGCGAGUAACAUAUUCGUAAAUGUCAUGACUAACUACCAGCUGUCGUCGACGGCAUGGAAUUGGGGUGCGAAGACUGCAUACUUCUGGGCUGGGACAUGUUUAUUGUCCGCUGUCUGGGUAUUCUUUCGACUGCCUGAACCUAAAGGAAGAACCUAUGCGGAAUUGGAUUUACUCUUCGAGCACAAAGUCCCAGCGCGCAUGUUCGCCGAGACCAAGAUUGAUCCUUUCUCGCAUCAAUUGGGUGACGAUCUCAAAAAGAUGUCCGAGUCCGAGCAUAAUCUAGAGAAAGACGUAAAAUGACUUUUGUAAACAUCGUGAUCUACAGCACGUAUAGGUGAAUGGUUACAUACUAGGUAGUUACAAGAAUUAAUUUUGAGAUACCUAGGUACCUAUAAUUUUAUAAUAAUUAA